AUGUCUUUAAAGAGUAAAGAGCACUGUAUACUUUGGGCGGAACAACAACGAAUUCAUAAACGAUUCAAGCGUGAUCAUAUUGAUGCUACUUCUGCAGCUAUUAAUGAUAUCACUUAUAAUUAUAAUAAUAAUAUUUUUUUUAACGAUCCAUUCUGGUCUCAACAAUGGAAUUUGAAAAACUCGAGAACCACAAAUGGCCAACCAAUUAGUAUGCAUGUGAUGAAAGCUUGGGAACUUGGUUAUACUGGAAAAGGUGUCGUCGUGACAAUACUGGUCCAAAAUUUAAUUUAUAAAAAAUUUUGCGAAUCUUUUUUAGAACAUAUAACUGCGAUGAUGGCUUACAGACACAAUCAUACAGAUAUUGUUAGAAAUUAUGAUCCUCAAUCUUCAUAUGAUCUAAAUGACAAUGAUCCCGAUCCAAUCCUAAAUUUCCCUUUCAAAUAUUUUUUUUGCAUCAGUAAGAUAAACCUUUGA